AUGCUGACGAUUAAGAAGGUUCCGACGGUGGUCUCUCUGAACCAGGAGGAGGACCAGCCCGCGGGUUGCGGUCGCCGCUGUCUGAAUUCCUGCUGCACCAUUGGUGCUCGCAUGCCUCUCUACGCGUACGCUAAGCGUCCCUGCACCAAGCCGGAGCGCAUCCAAUCGUUCACGGAGCUGGACGGAGUUCCAGGCUUCCAGCCCGGGUUUCUCGGGAACACCACGAGCUUCGCGUCGUACGACGACUUGCUGUCGAUCCGCGAGUCGCUGUCGUCGUCCGACGAGGACUCGCUGUCGUCCGGCGGCGCGAGCGACAUCCACGACGAAGAUGCAUUCUCCCUGCGCAAGCACAUCACCUCCGAGUGGGAGAAGAAGUUUCAGGAGGGGUUGUUCCGCUAUGACGUGACAGCAUGCGAGUCAAAGGUGAUUGAGGGUCGUCUGGGCUUCAUUGCACAGCUGAACGAGGGGAGGCACUCCAAGAAGCGUCCCACCGAAUUCCGUGUGGACAAGGUUCUCCAGGCGUUUGACCCCGCCAAGUUCAAUUUCACCAAGGUCGGGCAGAACGAGAUGCUCUUCCGCUUCGAGGAAGGCAAGGACGAGGAGAGCCGCUUCUAUGAAGCCGCGCUUGUGGAGGAGAGCCCGAGCCUCAUGGUCAUCAAUGUGUCUCCCAUUGACUACGGCCACGUGCUGCUGGUUCCCCGUGUGCUAGACAAGAUCCCUCAGCGCAUGGACGAAUGCAGCCUCCUCAUGGCUCUCCGCCUAGCCUCGGAGGUCAACGACCCUGCCUUUAGGAUCGGCUACAACAGCCUCGGCGCCUUCGCCACAAUCAACCACCUGCACUUCCAGGCCUAUUUCCUCGACCUGCCGUUUGCGAUCGAGCGCGCGUCUUCCAAGGAGAUUGCGGUUUCAACGAAUGAGGUCAAGGUUGGGGAGCUUGUGGAUUAUCCAGUGAAAACGCUGGUGUUCCAGGCGGGUGCGUGCAUCGAGCAGAUGGCAUCGGCAGCUGCGGCUGCUUGUUGCAAGCUGCAGGAAGGGAACAUUCCCUUCAACAUGUUUAUUGUGGACCGGGGCACCCGUCUGUUCCUCAUUCCACAGAGGUACGCAGAGAGGCAGGCAAGGGGUGAAAUUAGCCAGGAUCUUCUUGACACGCAGGUGAACCCAGCAGUGUUUGAAAUUUCCGGUCAUAUCGUGUGCAAGCGCCGAGAGGAUUAUGAUAAUGCCUCUGAGGAGUGGACCUGGAAGCUUCUGGAAGCAACUUCCCUCACUGAGGAGGGGUUUGAAGUCGUCAGGAAGAUUUCAGUGGAAGCGCUGGCUGCGUCUGCUGCUGAGUUUGCUGAGAUUGGGGUGAAUGGUGUGGUUGGGAAGGGAAAGUUGGAAUUUGUGAGUGAGGCUGAUGCUUGGGUGGAUUUUGGUGCAAAGAAAGGUGAAAUUCUUGUCAAUAAGGAGUUGACGUCAGCUUCCAACAUCAACAUAAUAAUAAUAAUAAUAAUAAUAAUAAUAAUAAUAAUAAUAAUAAUAAUAAUAAUAAUAAUAAUAAUAAUAAUAAUAAUAAUAAUAAUAAUAAUGAUUGCCACUGCAUUCCACAUUUCCUGUCGAAAAGAGCAGAAAUGGGGAGUCGGCAAGCUAAAACCUGAACAUGCUCCACUCUCAUACCGCCCGACUAUCUGA